AUGUCAAUAGGAAAGUAUCAUUUUUUUGUAAUAAAUGGAAUAAAAACAAACAAAGUUAAUCUUAAAAGUAUAGCUGAUUCUUGUGAAAAAGGAAGGCAUGGAAAAUCUAUACAAUUAAAAGGAAUUUUUACAGAAUUAAGUAGUGGAAAUUAUAUAGAAAAAAUUUUUACUGUUGAUUUAAUGAAAAAAAAUUUUGAUAUAAUUCUUCUAAAACCAUUUGUUACAAAAAAAAGUGAAAGAUUAUAUUUUAUUUUAAAAAAUGGUAAUCCAUUAUAUUAUACUGGGCAAGUUAAUAUUUCUGUUAUUUGUUUUAAUGAAAAAAUAUUUAAUACUAUUACAAUUAAUAGUUUUAAUACUGAAUACAGUAAUAAAUCAUAUAUAAAUUUACAAAAUAUUGAAAAAUGUGAAAUGUUGUUAGUUGAAGGAAGGAGUGCCAAAAUGCAAAGCAUAAUAAAAAUACUAGUACCAGUAUUAAAUAAUAAUGAAAUUAUAAAAUCUUUUUCAUUAACAUCUAUUUUUCAAUUGGAGGAAAAUGUAGAAUUUGAUAUUGAAAGUGAUGAAAAUAACUUAAACUAUAUAAUUAUGAAUCAACAUAAUCGUAUAGUGGUGUUUGGUCUAGUGAAAGAUAAGAAAAUUAAUGUAAAAAUAACUUCAGAUAUGGUGGGUACAAAUUAUUUAAUCGUUAUAAGCACAACAAAUACUAAUAUAAUAGAUAUAAUAUUAUUUAUUGGUAAUAAUCUUUGUCAAAAUACAAAUUAUUCUAUCUAUUUAAAGAAAAAAAUUCUAUCUUUUAAUGAUACUUUUGAAGGAAAUAUUAUAGGUCCAAAUAAUGGGUUAGCUUUGUUAAAAGUUUAUGAUAAACGGCUUAAGUUUUUUGAAAACCAAAAUGAUAAUACAAAUGUGUAUUGGAAUUUAGAGAAAUUGUUAGACAUGGAUGAAAAAUUUUUUUAUAAAAAUAUACUUAAUUUAUUAAUGCAGGAAAUGGAGGGAGAUAUUAUAAGACAUUUAAAACCUGUUAAUAAACUUUUUAAUAAAAUUUCAAAUGUUUGUAAAAAUGUUAUAAAUAUUGAUACAUUUUAUUCAUAUAAUAAUUUAAAUAAAUUUGGAAAUAGUUCAUGUUGGAUAUCAAAUAAAUGUGUAGAAAUUAUUAAUGAAGUAAUAAAUGAAAGAAAUAAAGGAAAAUAUGAUGUAAGAUAUAGUUCUAUUUAUUUAAUGGUAAAACAAAAACCAUCACAUCAAAAAAUGGAUAAUUCUUUAUUAUCAAAAUCAAAUAAAAAUAUAUUAAAAGAUAAUGAAAAUGAUGAAUUUGAUAAAAAAUUUAUUAAUUCAGAGAUAAGAGAUUACUUUCCUGAAGUUUGGAUUUUUGAAGAUUUUAUUUUAGAUGAAAAUGGUCAUGCUUCAUUUAUAUAUACACCACCAGAUUCUAUAACAUCAUGGAUAGUAGAUGGUGAUUUUUGGAAACCAUCAACUACUUAUACUUGUCCUAUAAUCCAAACUCAAGAAAUAGAAUAUAAAAAAGAUUUUUUUAUUGAAAUAAAUCUUCCCCCAACAAUUAAAGCUUUAGAAGUUAUUGAUAUAACGGUUACAGUACAUAGUUUAUCUGAUACAACGUUUAAUAAUUUAUAUAUAUGUAUGGAUAAGGGAACAACAAAUUCUUGUCAAAAUCGUGGAAGAGAUGGCAGUUUAGCAGACAAUAGUCAUUUUUCACUUAAAAGUAACACAAUAAAUAAAGUAGCAACAAAAAAAUUUGAAGUAAUAUUUUUUGAAGAGAAUAAUAAUGAAAUAAUAUCAUUUUCAUUGCGUAGGCAUAUAGAAGAUGACAUAACACUUGCCUGUGAAUCAAAUGAAAUAUAUGAUAUUGUUAAAAAAAGUAUAGUUAUUUUACCUGAUAUAAGAAUGUCUUUUAAAAGUACUUUUUUUAUUAUAAAUCCUAGUAAAAAAUCAGAAUUAUUUAAUGAAACUAAUGAAUUAGUUAAAGAUAAAAAUUUUUUACUUAUAGAAACAAGAGAUAAUAUAACAAAUGAACUUAUUACAAAUGUUACCAUAAUUCCGAGUAAAGAUGAAGUUGUUGGUAAUUUAAUAGUUACAUUAUCAGAACCAAGAAUAUAUCAUAUGAGUGAUAAUAAUAUUGUUAGAAGGAAACGUUAUACUUUAUCAAAAUAUAGUGAUUCGCAUAUUUAUUGGAUUAUGAGUGACUUAUCAUAUAUAUUUUAUAAAAAAUUGAAAAAUGAUUUUAUAACUGAAUUUAUAAUUAAAGAAAAUUUACCAAAAGAAUUAUAUACUAAUAAUGAUUAUUCCAAUGAAUUAUGGUCAAUUUUAAUAAAUUUAAAAAAAUAUAUUGUUGAAUGUAAUAAAUAUCAUUUUUUUGCUGAUACAAUUGAUAAUGCAAAUAAAUUAAAAGAAUGCCAAAUUGAAGAUGCAAUAAAGGAUGACAAUAUAUGGAUUACAAUGUUAAAUACAAUGAUGAUUUGUGAUUCAUAUAAAUAUGAUAAAAACCAAAAUAAUGAUGAUGAAUUAUUUUUUAAUAUAAAAAAAUUAAUGAAUUAUCUUAAGAUUAGUAUGGAAAAAGUUAAUGUAAUUAAAAAUACAAUUUCAUUACCAUUUAAUAUUGAUGAAGGUGAUAAACAAUUUUUUUUAUAUGGUAUAUAUUUACAUGUUCUUAAUUCAUGUAGAUUAUAUAAUACAACGAAAAUUGAAAAUGAAAUAAAUAAAAUUUCUACACAAUUUGAAGAUAGAGAUAAAGAAGAUAUUUUAUCAACACUUUUUUAUAUUUCAUCAUCAAAACGUGAAAAAGAUUUGAGAAGAAUUUUUGCAUGGAAUGAUAUAUUAUUUUGUUUUAAUGAUAAUUUUAAAAAACUACCAUGGAUACAGGAAGUUAGUGAAGAAUGUAAAUUAAUGUUUAAGGGAAGUCAUAAAUAUAUUACAAAUCCAGAUACAAAUAUGUUAAUUAAUUUAUUAGCAUUGUUUGCUAUUACAAAUAAUUUUUCAAUACCUACAAAUUAUCCUAGUGUAAGUACUAGUGAAUUACAAGAUUAUACUUUGAUGUCAAGAAAUAAACGAAGUGAAACAAAUUUGGCUAAUGAAAUAUUUUUGGAACAAGAAAGUUAUAAAUAUGUUAUAUUUGAUAUGCAAAAAAGAAAUUAUAAUAAUAAUAAAAAUAAAAAUUUAAAUAUGAUAAUAGAAUGUAUACCAUCAUGUCAUAGUAUUACAGAAGAGGAAUAUAUUUCAGAUGGAAGAAGUAAAGUUAUACAUAUACCAUCACAAACAAAAACUAUACUAUUUAAAUCAAAGGGUAAUGGAAAAAAAGUUGUUUUAGUUGAAGGAAAUAUGUUAACAAAAAUAAAUGCACUAAAAAAUGAUUAUCCUCUAAAAAUAGAAGUUAAAAUGUUUUCACAAGAAAAUGAUCUAACACAUAUAAUAACAAUAAAAAAUUUAAAAAAACAAAAAUUAGAUAUGAUACAAUUUGAACAUGGUUUAUAUAAUGCUGGAUAUGAAUUAAUAUUAAAUAAUGAGGGUGGAUAUGUUAAAUUUGAAAAUAAUAAUAAUAUUAAGUACAAAACAAAGCCAUAUAGAACUGACAAUUCUGUUGUUUUUUUAAUUGGACCAAUACCUAUUGAUAAAGAUACAUUGUCAUAUAACUUAACACAAAGAGCUAUUAAAGCUGAGGCAAAUGAUAUUAAGCUUAUGGGUGUUAAAAUAAUACUUAGACAUCCAACUAAAGGAAUAUUAGGAAAAAUUAUUGUAGAUAAUAGAACUGGAUUUUUAAAAAACAAAGGAGACAAAAAAGAAAAAGACUCAGAUAUAGAAUAUUUAUGUUUACCAAAUACAAAAAAAUGUUUUUGUGGUGAAGGAACAUCAACUGACAUAUGUAAAAUGGAAAUGACAGAUAGAAUAAAACGAUCAUUUAAUAAAGAUCUUAUUGAUACAAAAAAAUUUGUCCUAGUAGCUUCAGUUAUUGAUAUAAGUGUUGUUGAAGAGUAUAAAGAUUAUCGUAAUUUUACAAUGAAAUUAAAGGUUCAAUCAAAUAGAAUUUCAUUUAGUAACAUAUUUAAUAUUUUCAUAAGAAUAACCAAUAAUUCAAAUGUUAAAUGUAUGUCAAUAUCAAAUAAUGAUGUAAUUUUGCUAACAGGAAAUGUAGAAAGUGCAAAAAAUCAUCAGUCUAUUUACCAUAUGUCAGGUGGCGAUGUUUUAGUAAAACUAAAAGAAACUGAAAUCAUUUCAAAUUUAAUAGGAAAAAUUGUUUUUAGUGAUUCUUAA